AUGAUUGUGGAGAAGGGCCGGUGGUAUGAAGUCAACCGAUUGGAGGCCGCCCCCGGGUCGACAAUUCGUCUGGGAAGGGUGCUGGCCCACAAGGCCAACGGCGACAUUCGCUUCGGGACGCCCUAUUUGGAGGAUGUGGCUGUGCACGCCAAGGUCCUAGACCACAUGCAGGGCGAGAAGAUCACGGUGUUCAAGUACAAGCCCAAGAAGCAUUACCGCCGGACCAACGGGCAUCGCCAGCAGCUGACGAGGUUCAUGGUGACCGAGGUGCUGGAGGGCCAGGAGGCAGGCGAGGCCCCUGUGGCUGUCGUGGAUGAGAACCCCGCAGCGGCGACAGAGGAGGCGGCCUGA